UCUGCUCCGCGGUGCAAUGGCGGCCCGUGGCGGGGCCCCGCUCCCCGGCCUGAGCCCCGUGAGGGGACAGAGCGCUGGCACAGCCGCCUCAGCCCGGGUCACCCUGUCCCUGCCCGGGCCCGCGUCCCCCGGAGCGCGCCCUGCAGCGCAGAACGCGGCCUCGGAGCCAGGAGCGGGGCCAAUGCCCUCGGCUCGGCAGCGGCGCCGGGAGGCGGCGGGCGGUGCCCUCAGGGCAGGAAAAAUCACCAAACUCCUCCCAUCUUUGCCAAAAGCUUUGGUGUUUGGGCAGCCAAAGGCAAGAGGCCUCAGCACCAGGGCUCUGCUGGAGGGCUCUGGUCCUGCCCACGCUGUGGGGCUGUCCUUGCUGGAGCACCCUGGUCCCUGCCAUCCCCUGGGACACAGAGGCAGCCCUGUCCCAAGUGGCUUUGGCACCUUGGCAGGAAUGUGGCAGCAGCCCCAGAGCAGCUGGAGGGUCCCUUUGUCCCUGGGCUGCCAGCCAGAGCUUUGGGCUGCUCAGGCUCAGGGCUGGAUUGCCCAGGGCACUGAGAGGGAGCAGCACAGGGAGGGUGACAGAGAGGGGCUGGCAGAGCCCAGCUGGCAGCCUGUGCUGGUGCUGCAGGUGGGCUGGGGGCACUGCAGGGAGUGAAUGUCCCUUCCCUAAGCAGCCCUACAGAGCCCAGGGGCUCCUGGAGCAGGAUUUUAUUCCUUACUUCCCUUUGUGCAGAUU